AUGGGCUUCCACAAUAUUCAUCUCCAGGCUGUCAUAUACGCUUCGGCGCCCUUAAAUGCCCCGUUUCCACUCACCCACAUGACCCGGGUGUCCCUCCUCGGAUAUGCCGGCUAUCGCGUCCGCGCAGCCGUUCGCAGCCCGGAAAAGGCCCGGAGAAUCUUCGCUACACCAUCCAUCAAGGCCCUCGCACCAGGGGAUCGGCUUUCGUUCGUACAAGUUCCCGAUAUGCAAGUAGACGGUGCAUACGACGAAGCUAUCAAAGGCGCCCAAUAUGCCAUCCAUGUCGCGUCUCCGAUCCAUCCCCAAAACCCAGACAUCCCCAACCUCACAGAAUACUUCAUACACCCGGCCAUCCGCGGCAGCAUGGGCCUUCUGACUUCUGCGCAGCAGGCGGGCUCCAUCCGACGUGUCGUGAUCACCUCUUAUACAGGUGCAAUCUUGCCAUGGUCGGCCAUUGUUUCAGGACAGGUCGAAAAUGUUGUCAACGAGAACACUCGUGUUCCUACGCCAACCGAGUAUUCCUUUCACUUUGAGACGUAUGCGGCUAGCAAACCUUCAUUUGACGUGUUUCAUCUCUUCCCAGCCUUUGUUAUUGGCGCGGAUGAACUGGUCACCGACGCCACAGAUGCGCUGAGGGGAGCCAACAGGGAGAUUCUGGACUCUGUCGUUCUUGGGGAGGACAAAGCUAUCGCCAAUGCCUCGGUUCACCUGGACGAUGUGGCCGAGGCUCACGUGCGGUGCUUGGAUCCCAAGGUGCCCGGUAAUGGGGGGUUUAUCCUAAUAUCUAAGGGUCUCCAGGGAACCAACUGGGGAGAUAGUCUUGAGAUCACCGCCCGAAAGUUCAAAAAAGAAGUCGAGUCGGGGUUGUUGCAGAUGAUGCUUUGA